UUGAGGGUGAAGUGCUUUUGUUCUCAAAUACAGCGACAGUACUUCUGUCACACAAAUAUAUCAUCCUCAUCGAAGGCCCAAUCUGUCUCGAUCUUCGCAACGGAUACUCAUCACAUAGCUGUCCAUUUCUCGCGUUUGGCAUCUACGAACGAUAUAUAAUUCCGUUGCAACCAUGCCAGCCCUAAAACCGAUCUUCCCCCCGAUGAACACGGGGCCCCAGUCCGUCUUCGCAAAAAAGGACGGGUUCAAAAUGAUUCUCAAUAACAACUUCUCCCCGUCGAGCUGGCUCCUUGCCGCAGCAGCAGUCCAGGGAGUGAUCACAUGGCUCUUCCCAACAGUGCUGAGCUUUCUGCCUGCGCUGUUUAUCCUGGGGUAUCGCGUUCUGGAUAUGGUUUUGAUUAUAUAUGGAUUUCGACAGAAUCGAUACAUGGACGGGACCGUGGGGAGGAAAACAACGGCGCAGAUCCCGGAUGAAGAUGGGAAUUUUGGAGAUAAGCCUUCGAAUGCGACGGUGGUUGUGCUUUUGUUGGGUUUGAGGACUAAUCAUCCGCUUGGAAUAUUUUAUCCUGGUUUCCAGAAAAUCAACUCAUACUUUGUCGACAUGAUGAAAGACCUCGAGUCAAACCGGGAGGAUUAUGGAUAUCUCACAACUUCAUCAUGGAUCUCCAGCUCGGACCGCGCCGCAGGCAGUGAGCUUCUGAACAUAUACUAUUUCCGCUCUAUGGAUGGGUUACUCAAAUUCGCACACAACCCAUCCCAUAGUGCCGGUGUGAACUGGUGGAAUAAGACCAUCAAGGAGCAUCGUGAUAUCAGCAUCAUGCAUGAAGUGUAUGAGGCGGAGCCGGGCCAUUGGGAGAACAUCUACGAGAAUUAUUGGCCAGCAAGCUUUGCGUCGACCAAGUACCCAGUGAAGAAUCAGACCGCAGACGAGAAAGAUACUGCACCACAACAAUGGGUGAACGGCAUGGUCGAUGCGGCGACGGGAAGUCUCAACUCCUCAAUGAAGAGGAUGAGAAGGUUCCCAAGUCGUCACUGAAUUGUUGGUUCAUGUGGAAAUUGAGGAAGUUUUCGUAGUUCUGGUCCGAGUGCUCUUUCAAUUUCAUCUAUAUUGGGCCUACUUUCAUGGGCUGUUUUUCAGCUCUAUAAUGACCUGUCAUGUUUGCAGCGUUUCGACGAGUUUGGUUUGUGAAAAGCGAUAGUCUUCUUCUUCUUCUUCUUCUUUUUUUUUUCUUCUUUCUCUCUUUCUCCUUUUCCC